GCCUCACUUUUAAAGAAAGCAAAGGCCCAGUCGUCGCUACAGGCGAACGAGAACAAAGAGGCCUCCUCCACACCUAAAUUUAAUGCACCGGCAGGCGGAAGACUUGUAGGGUCCGGUUCAGAAAAGAGCCCGUCAGGGCUUGAAGCCCAAGAAUAAAAGCUCCUGGUGUUUCUCCUCGCCGCACAGAGUCCAUCCUGCAGGCUACCGGCCCAGACACUUAGGAACCCGGGCUCUGUCGCGGCCCGAUCUCGCAGCUCCGGGAAAAGAAGGAAGCCAAAGCAGGGCGGACUUUUGCUGAGGGGGAACAAUGACGCCGGCGCACCGGAAGCAGUUCCGCGGAAGUCCGGCUGGAGCCGGGGAGACGUGUCUGUCUGUGAGGCGCCGGUGGUACCUCCCAGGGCUUUGCUUUAAGGCGGCGACUAGGUGCCUCCUCCUGUUACCCAUCGUGGGCCCGGCCGGCCGAGCAGCGUGGGGCGGCGGCGGCGGCGGAGGCCGGGGCUGGGAGGGUUGGCGGCCGGAGCCCCAGCCAUGGCCGAGUCUGUGGAGCGGCUGCAGCAGCGCGUACAGGCGCUGGAGCUGGAACUAGCCCAGGAGAGAAGUCGGCGGGCCCUGGGGGGCGGCGACGGGGGCGGCGGCCGGGCGCGCAUCGAGAAGAUGAGCCCGGAGGUGGUGGACUCCAACCCCUACAGUCGCCUGAUGGCAUUGAAACGAAUGGGAAUUGUAAACGACUAUGAGAGAAUCCGUACCUUUGCGAUAGCAAUAGUAGGUGUUGGCGGAGUUGGUAGUGUGACUGCUGAAAUGCUGACAAGAUGUGGCAUUGGUAAGUUGCUACUCUUUGACUAUGACAAGGUGGAACUUGCCAAUAUGAAUAGACUUUUCUUCCAACCUCAUCAAGCAGGAUUAAGUAAAGUCCAAGCAGCAGAGCACACUUUGAGGAACAUUAAUCCUGAUGUUCUUUUUGAAGUACACAACUAUAAUAUUACCACAGUGGAAAACUUUCAACAUUUCAUGGAUAGAAUAAGUAAUGGUGGGUUACAAGAGGGAAAACCUGUUGACCUAGUUCUUAGCUGUGUGGACAAUUUUGAAGCUCGAAUGACAAUAAAUACAGCUUGUAAUGAACUUGGACAAACAUGGAUGGAAUCCGGAGUCAGUGAAAAUGCAGUUUCAGGGCACAUACAGCUCAUAAUUCCUGGAGAGUCUGCGUGUUUUGCGUGUGCUCCACCACUUGUAGUUGCUGCAAAUAUUGAUGAGAAGACUCUGAAACGAGAAGGUGUUUGUGCAGCUAGUCUUCCUACCACUAUGGGAGUAGUUGCUGGAAUCUUGGUACAAAACGUGUUAAAGUUUCUGUUAAAUUUUGGUACGGUCAGUUUUUACCUUGGAUACAAUGCAAUGCAGGAUUUUUUUCCUACUAUGUCCAUGAAGCCAAAUCCUCAGUGUGAUGACAGAAAUUGCAGGAAGCAGCAGGAAGAAUAUAAGAAAAAAGUAGCAGCACUGCCAAAAGAGGAGGUUGUCCAAGAAGAGGAAGAGAUAAUACAUGAAGAUAACGAGUGGGGUAUUGAGUUGGUAUCUGAGGUUUCAGAAGAGGAACUGAAAAAUUCCUCAGGCCCAGUUCCUGACCUACCUGAAGGAAUUACAGUGGCGUAUACGAUCCCAAAAAAGCAAGAAGAUUCUGUACCUGAUGUAACAGUGGAAGAUUCUGGUGAAAGCUUGGAAGACCUCAUGGCCAAGAUGAAGAAUAUGUAGAUGAACUAACAUAUAUUUUAUUUCCUAUGUUUAAACCUAUUUCUUUGGAGUUAAAAUAAAUAUUUUAAAACUGAUAAAACUUAGGGCAGGAGCAGUGCAAUGG